AGCAGAAGAAGAAGCAGAGGGCGGCCUUCAGCGAUACCCCGCAUCUAGCUAAGUUCUUUUAGCUGUAACGAAAAAUCACUUUCCCUCCUUUUAGAUAGCCGACAUAAGGUUUGUGAGGAAUAAAGGCUCAUUCAUGUGCUGACUGAGGAGAGAGGAUAAAACACGCAAACAUGUCCGGAGCGUGUCAGGACAGACGGAGCCGCUGGCAGGAGAUUCAGAAAGGCCUGCAGUUCAUCCAAUCAACUCUUCCAUUUCCUGGGAGUCAAGAUCAGUAUGAGGUGUUCAUAAAGGACCUUGUGUGGAAUCUAUUUGGAGAAGGAAAUGACGUGUUUAGAGAAGGGGAGUUUACGAAAUCUAUCGAGAUGUACACUGAAGCAUUGAGUAUAGCAGACUACGCUGAAUCAGAAGACAUCUGUGUUCAAACAGGCUUACUAGAAAAGCUGUAUGCAAAUCGAGCUGCGGCAUACCUAAAUAUUGUUCCGGGACUCUGUGACCAAGCACUAGAAGACUGUGAAAAGGCUCUCCAGUUGAAUGAGGGCAACUACAGAGCUUUGUACAGAAAAGCAAGAGCCUUGAAAGAGUUGGGGAGACAUCAAGAGGCCUAUGAAGCUGUUGCCAAAUGCUCUCUAGCAGUGCCUCAGGAUUCCAGUGUCACACAGCUGACUCAGGACCUUGCCAAAAUUUUGGGGUUGAAAAUCCGUAAAGCUUAUGUGAGGAGUAAGCCUGCCUUGAAUGUUUUGAGAGGAUCAAGUUACCAAGAUGCAUCAUGUGACAAGUUUUCUCAUGGCUCGGAUUCAGUUGAAGAUAUUGAAAUUGAAGUGCCUAAGUUAACCCAGGAUAGCAGUGUUUUAGCUCCAGGACCAGCUCCCAUCCAACCUCCAGUGGCAGUGCACCUGCCUAUGAGUGAAGCAGUGGUGGAUGAACUUCCUCCUAGCAGCAGUAUCUCAUCUGUAGCCUCAUCUGAGCCUCCGGGCUUCGAGGCCCUGCCUGCGUCUGUGCCCACUUCAGAGUCCCUCUCUGCGCUCACAUUCGUAAAUGGGUGCCGACCCACUAAGCCUUACCCAAUUCUUGAUACUAGUCAAGAUUUUGAUACAGACAUCAUUGGGGAUGACCUAGAUGAUCUUCUGGACCAAGCUGGCCCCGAAUCUGCUAUGGUUAUUCCUACGGUAAAGGGGCCUCUUCCUUUACCAGCCAGUAUUGCCUCUGGCAAUUCCAUGUCGAGUCCAUUCCUGAUGCCAUCGCACAUCAGCCCAUUUCUCCAAAGCGGUUCUCAGCAGUGCACCGUAACUCUGCCGCCUCUGUAUCACAAGUCGGGGUCAAGUGCAUAUUUUGGUAUGGAUACUUUUGACUCCAUUCCACCACCACUGGAUUCCCUGGAUAGCCUUACCAUAUCAGACUAUAAACCAGUCUCAGAUUAUGCUCCGAGUCCGUUCAUUCCACAGAUCAACAACAAUGACACCCCAAUGGGGAUGGCUGUGGGUAUGCCUGACAUGAAAGGCCUCCCUGCUGCUGUUGAUUUAGCGAAGAACCCCUUAGCUGAAACGCAUGAAUUCAAACAAGCCUGCUCAAUGUGCUACGUCAAAACUGGACCUGGAGUGUUGGAUUACACACUUCAUACGGAAGACCAUAAAUGCAAAAAGGAUGUAUUACUUGGCAGGAUCAAGCAUUUAUCAGACAAAACGUGGAAGCUCAUUCGACCCAGGCCAACAAAAACUCAAUAUGUUGGACCGUAUUACAUUUGCAAAGAGGUGGCUGUUGGGAAAGAUUGCCUGUAUCCUGGCCACUGUACAUUUGCAUACUGCCAGGAAGAAAUUGAUGUUUGGACUCUAGAGCGGAAAGGAUUUAUCUCCAGAGAACUGCUCUUCGAUCCUUUUGGGCCAAACUCCAAUGUCAGGUUGACUGUUCCCAAGAUCUUGCAGGAACAUCAUGGGAUAUUCAUGUUUCUCUGUGGGAUUUGCUUUGACCACAAACCCAGAAUAAUCAGCAAGACCAACAAAGAUGACCCUUCACUUUGUUCUCAUCCAGUGACAAAGCAUGACUUUGAGGAUCAUAAGUGCCUGGUCCACAUUUUGAAAGAGAAUACAGUCCGGUAUUCCAAAAUCAGACCCUUGAAUCCCCAUUGCCAGCUGGAUCUUUGUCGCCACGAAGUCCGCUACGGCUGUGUGAGAGAGGACGACUGCUUCUACGCCCACAGCCUCAUCGAGCUGAAGGUCUGGAUGAUGCAGCACGAGCUCGGUAUCACUCAUGAAAGUAUUGUUCAAGAGGCAAAAAAGUUUUGGAAUGCGACGGCUUCAUUGCAGGGAGCCCAGCAGCUUCCCAAUGCACCGAGGAGAUUUGGGCCUCCAAAUCUGAAGAUGAUGUUUGUUUGUGGCCAGUGCUGGAGAAACGGCCAACUAAGUGAAGCUGACAAAAACAAAAAGUAUUGCACAGCCAAGGCAAGGCACACGUGGGCAAAAGACAGGCGGGUGGUGCUUGUAAGUUCCCACGAAAGGAGAAAGUGGACAACAGUAAGGCCGCUUCCAACCAAAAAACCCAUCCCGUCUCAGUUUGAGAUUUGCAUGCAUGUGACUUCUGGCAAGAAGUGUCAGUACAUUGGGAAUUGCACAUUUGCUCACAGUGUAGAAGAAAGAGACCUUUGGACCUACAUGAAGGAAAACAACAUUGCAGAUAUGGAUCAGCUUUAUGAGCAGUGGCUGCAGUCUCAGAAGCCUGGCUGGGGUGACGAGAGUUCCUCUAACUCAGUCAGGGAGAAUGGCAAACAGAUCCACAUGCCAACUGACUACGCAGAGGAAGUGGCCGGCAAUCACUGUUGGCUCUGCGGUAAAAACUGCAACAGUGAGAAGCAGUGGCAGCAGCAUAUCACGUCAGAAAAACACAAAGAAAGAGUUUUCAACUCUGAGGAUGAUCAGAACUGCUGGCAAUAUCGAUUUCCCACAGGCACUUUCAAAGUUUGUGAGAGGUUCCUUAAAGGCACAUGCACAGAGGAUGACUUCUGUAAGCUGGCGCACGGGGAGCAGGAGCUAAAAGAGUGGAUGGAACGCAGGGAAUUCCUUUUGAUGAAACUUGCCAAAGCCAGAAAAGACCAUCUUAUAGCACCAAAUGACAAUGACUUUGGAAAAUACAGUUUUCUGCUUAAAGACAUUAAAUAAUGACAUGAUCACAAUAUUCAUUCUCACUUGCAAAUAAGGCAGUAUUCAGUCUUGAAUCAAGUCAUCCUUGAGGGCCUCUGACAUGCACAGGACCUAGCCUGAUCACAGCAUGAUUUUAAAGGAGGGCAUACAGGACAGGCCCUCUGGUUGGUGGCUGGUUUUCUCUGAUCAGAAUUGCAGGAGUGUUAUCAUUAAAAGCAAAUCCUAAGUGUUAAAACACUUUGCAGAAGCUUUGCAGUGCACCAUUCUGUCAUAGCUGAAAAUGGUGGCAAAAACAGCAUGUGUAACCCUUGAUCAGAGACUCAUUCAGAUUCUUACAGUUGACCUAAACAGUAACAUUUUUUUUUUCCCCCACAGUUUGUAUUUUAAUGACCUUUACUGUUUUAAGUAUCAGUUACUUAAAUAAAGAGUUGAGUUGACAUUCUGUUAUUUUAAUCAGUCAACAUAGGUCAUCUUCACUUUCCAUUUAUCUAAUAGUGUUACCAAUGUAAUGGGCACCACACCAAAUAAAGCUCCUUUUUUAAUCUGUA